GCUCAUCAGUUCCUCAUCGACUCUGGUUACCUGUCGGCAGGUAGAGCACAGGACGGGAGCUGUUUGAUUUGGGCUCAGCGGGAAAUGAUAAUGAGGCGAAAUUGGAUUUGUUUUGCCUUCAGAAGUCACUUGCACAUUGGGAUAUAAGAAGCAGAAAAGCUGUUUUGUGCUGAAACUCCUGGAUGAAUAGAAGGAUGUCGGCCAGAGGGAGCGCGAGCUCUAUGAAGACGCAGCUGGUGAGCGCGAUUCAGCUCCAGGAGUUCGAGGAGGCGGAGCUUGAGGAGGCGGAGCUUGAGACUGUUGCAGCUGCCAAACCUGUGGAGGAAAUGAAGGAUCAGAAAUGUUACACCGUGGAGGAAGCUGUGGAAAGCAUCGGCUUUGGGCGCUUCCACGUCCUACUCUUUGUUAUUAUGGGCAGUGCCAAUAUUGUAGAGGCGAUGGAGAUCAUGUUGUUGGCUGUGGUGUCUCCUGAGGUCCGAUGUGAGUGGCAUCUGGAGGAUUGGCAGGUGGCCCUGGUCUCCACGAUGGUGUUCCUGGGCUUCAUGUUAUGCGGGGUGCUGAGUGGAUAUGUAGCAGAUAAAUAUGGCCGCUGGAAGGUGGUGUUCGGGGGCUUCAUGUGGGCCGCAUAUUUCUCCAUGCUCACGUCAUUCGCACCAUCCUACGGCUGGUUUAUUUUUCUGCGCAGCAUGGUGGGCUGUGGAGUAGCAGCCACAUCACAAGGGUUUAUUCUGAAGACAGAAUUCAUUCCUGCUAAAUACAGAGGCCCUCUGCUGCCCCUGGCUACAAUUUUCUGGAUGUUGGGGUCGAUGUUCAUCAUCAUUCUGGGGAUGACUGUGGUGCCCACGAUGGGGUGGCGCUGGAUGAUUCGCUUCUCUGUCAUCCCCAGUGUUCUCCUGAUCAUCCUCUUCCAGUUUAUCCCAGAGUCUGUGAGGUUCCAGGUCUCGGCCGGGAAUGUAGAAAAAGCUGUCACCACUUUAAAAUGGAUCGCUAAGAUGAAUGGAGCCAGCUUGCCUGAGGGGGAACUACAGGAACCAAUAGUGACGAAGAGAGGAAAUGCUGCCAUAUUGGUGAGUCAAACGUACAAGAGGACAUCUCUGCUGCUGUGGUAUUCAUGGUUUGUGGCGUCUUUCUCCUAUUACGGCUCUGUGCUGAGCAGCUCAGAGCUCCUGGAGAAGAACCUGCUCUGUGUGAUCAAUGCUGACGCAGAACAUAACGUCAAACACAACACGCAUGAGACGUUGUGUUACUGCAUACCGUUCAACAUGGCCGACUACCAGACCCUCCUCAUCAGCUGCCUGGGAGAAGUGGCAUUGAUUCCUGUGAACAUCGGCCUGUUGCACGUCGUGGGCCGAAAAUCCAGCAUGAUCAUCCUGCAGAUCUUCUCGGCCAUCUUCUUCAUGCUGGUGAACAUCUGCACCACAAUGUUUGGUUUCACAGUGUUGCUCUUCCUGCUGCGGUCACUGGUCUCCAUGAAUUUUAAUGUGGUUUAUAUUUACACUGCAGAGGUUUACCCGACAACAGUGCGCUCCUUAGGGAUGGGCUUCUGUACUUCAUUCAGUCGAAUCGGUGGGAUGGUCGCACCCUUUAUAGCACAGGUGUUGAUGUCUAAGUCUGUGCUGUUAGCGAUGUCUCCGUUUGCUCUGGCAUGCUGCCUGUGCGCUAUCGCCAUGGUCCUGUUACCCAUCGAGACCAGAGGACGAGCGUUACUGCAAAAUGAAUAAUGCACACCUGCUCAUCAAGAAACUAUGAAUAUCUAAUAACUCUGGAUUUUUUUCCUUUGUUUUUUUUCUAAAUUUAUUAAAAUUAGAUCACAAAAUCA